AUGGCAAGUCACAUCGCCAGCGACGAGAAGGCACAGCCAGAUACCGCCUUGGCCAAUGACACUCAGUCAAAUUCAGAGACCGAAGAUCUCGCUAUGGGCAACCAAUUCGCAUGGACCUCUUCCAUAUUUUACGUUGGACAGCUUGCUUCCGAGUUCCCGUUCAUCUACCUCAUGAGCCGCUUCAGACUGUCCAAGUUCGUUGGAAUUACAAUGUAA